CUUAUCGGAGCGACGCGCUGCGACGCGGUGCUGGUGCACUGGCAGGACGUGGCGCGGCGUCGAGAGGACUCGGAGAAGACGCCCCUCCGAGGAACGCGGCACGCGGCUACGCCUUCGCUACGCCUUGGCUACCGCGGCGGCGAGCGAGACAGCGGCACAGCGGCCACAGCGGCACGCGACAAGCCCGUUCCCAUGGAAUCGGACUUCAAGGCCCAGCUGACGGACAAGGUGCUUCCAGGACUGCUGGCCGACGGCGCCCUGGGCAAGGAUGUCACCCUGGUCUCCCAGGAGAUCGCGCCCGUCGGGGGCUACGGCGUGGACCACUGGAUGUCCUCCACGUUCAAGGUGGCCGUCGAGGUCCGGGACGCCGAGACCAACACCACCAGGACAACGCGGAUGGUCGCCAAGUUCCAGGUCGACGACCCCGUGUGGGCGGACUGCGCCACGACCAGUCGCAACGAGGACGUCAUGUACAACCAGGUGCUGCCCUUCUUCGAGGAGCUGUGGCAGGGCCAGGACGGCCAGCCUCUUAACCUCUUCCCCAAGUGCUACCUGGCCGAGCAGAGCCCGAGUCCGCUGGUGGUGAUGGAGGACCUGACGGCGCAGGGCUUCAAGCUCUCGCCGUCGCUGAGCUCCCUGGACGGCGCCCACGUGUUCCUGGCGCUGCAGCACCUCGGCAAGCUGCACGCGCUGUCGUACUGCGCCAAGGUGCGCAGGAAGAGCGACUUCCUGUCGCUGGCGCGGGAGCUGCGCGAGGCCGAGUACAUCGACAAGAACCGCGCCUACCACUCUGGGUACCUCAGCCGGUCGCUGGCGCGCGGCCUCAAGCGGCUGGCGGCGCGCGGCGGCAGCGCCAUCGACGCCGCCACCGUGGAGCACCUGCGGCGCCGCUUCCGCUCCGAGCGCGACGCCAGCAACGCCUUCGACCUCAUGGCGGACGCCAGGACGCCCGAGGAGCCCCUGGCCGUCGUGACGCACGGCGACUUCUGCAGGAACAACAUCAUGUUCAAGUACGACCCCGUCACCGGCAAGCCCGUCGACGUGCGCUUCUUCGACCUGCAGAAGGCCAAGUACUGCUCGCCGGCGGUGGACUUGUCCUUCUUCCUGUUCAUCAACACGACGCCGUCGCAGCGCGCCGCCCACUGGGACGACUUCUUCGUGGCCUACUACGACGGCCUGACCACCGCCAUGCGGCGUCUGCUGUCCAGCGGGCCCGGCAUGUCCCCGACCAUGGAGAUGCCCAGCUUGGCGUCGCUGCGCGCGGACUUCGCGCGCCACGCGCUCUACGGCUACGUCAUCUGCGCCUUCUUCCUGCCCGUGGUGCAGGCGCCGCCAGGCGACGCCCCCGCGGCCGAGGACUGCGCCUUCGUGGCGGACAUCGCCGACAAGUUUGAGGCCGGCGCCGUGACGGGGGACAUGUUCACCAAGAUCGGCGGGGAGGCCGCCGACGACACGGUGGCCGACCUGCUCAUCGAGUUCGUGGAGCGGGGCCUCGUUGGCCUCUGACCGCGCCGUCGGCUGCCGUCAGCUGCCGUCAGCACACUGUAGGGCUGCGUGGUGCACUCGGUGUCGUUUGUUUGUUUAUAUGAUGUGUGGAUCCAAGGUCGUUUCAUCGUGGGCCUCGACGUCCUGUAUAUACUGUUUUCAUCAAACUAAAUAAAUUUCUAAUUUUUCAA